GUUUUAUUACCGAGAAUGGUGAUCAGUCUUUCCAAGGUUUUUUUUCCAGAAAGUGUUUCCAAAGUGUUUUUUCCAGAAAAGAAAAAUAGCAGUUAAAAGCACACGAACGACAAACUUUUGUCGUGGCAUUAUCUAUUCAAAGCAGAAUAAAAACAAUAAAAUGGUCCUCAACUACGGUCGUGUGCUAGAUGGCGACGCCCUUGCUGCGGCCGUUCAUCCCGCAGAAAACUCCACUAGAAUAGCAACACCUGCCGCGUCAACGUGCUUUUUCGCACCGUCUUCGGAUGUUGCCGGGAUGUUGCCAAAUACGAGUACACUGUCAUCCGGGAGGACUUCUGUGGCGAAGAGGAUACACGACCAGAAGCUCUCGGAAACUACGGCAAGAACUCCAGCUUUUUCACCGUUUUUUAGCGCAGCAUCGCCAGGAGGCUCGAAAAAUUUUUUCGACGCGCUUCCACGACAUCCCUGUCCUCAAGAACUGUCCCGACCAGGAUAUGCCUUGUGCGGGUCUUACAAUCUCAAAUCGGUUACUAUAGAAUAUGGAGUUCUGUGAUGCAAGAAGUGCGUGGUCCUGCCUCUUGUCACAAGAAUGUUGCGCAUGACUAGAUCUCCUGCGUUCGAAGCUGCUUGCGGCGACGGUGCAAAGGUUUUUGAUGAGGUGCAGUCGGGUACGUAUGACAAGUUCAGAAACUAGUGCCAAACACACCGAGGAUCUGGAAAAAUUUGUAUUGCGAAAAGCGCAAGGCUCGAAUAGAUGUUCCUCAUGCUCUCGAUGCAAGACCAAAUCCAGACCGCUCUAUGGUAAGCGAUUUGAGAUUGUAACACCUGAGCGAGGCAUACAGGACGAUCCAGCAGAACGGCCAGUUCUUUUCUCACGUCCGAGGAGGCUUCGAACCCGCAGCAGAUCGCGGACCAAGCCGCGGCUUCCGCGCGGGCGGCCUACGCGGCUUACUUACGGGGAGAGGAGAAAGUAAAGCAGGCGCACGACGCCUUGCUAGCCGCGACCAGUGCCGCGACGAUGGCGCAGGUGUCGGCCCUAUCAAAUGCAAAAGUGUCUGGGUCUGGAAGAGUGCUAGACUUGUCAUGCAGGUUUUCCGUGACCCAUGAGGUCUGGCAUGUAGGACAUAGCAUGACAGAUUCUGUGAGGGCUCCAUCAUGCCUAUCCUGCAUGAGAAACUGCCUCGCGAUUAGGUCAAAAGUGGACAGCUUUUGGUAA